CAUGCUCAAAAAUAACGAAUAUAAGUGAGUUUUUUAAUUUAUUAAUUGUGAUCAAUCGCGUUAUAUGCAAAUGCAACUUUUCUCUGUAAAAACUGCAUUUGCGCAUAAUGCAGUUGGUCAAUCGACGAAUUAAAAAAAAAAAUCAUCUUGUUACAGAAUCUUUCGAUUCUAGAAUAUUCUACAAUUUUCCCCUGCCCUUGUUUUUUUGUUUCCCAUUUUCCUGUUUUCCCUCUUUUCUCUCUCUUUCUCUUUCUCUCUUUCUUUCGCGCCUCCCUCGCUCAUCUUCGAAAUUUUUCAGAAUCUUCUAGAAUUGUCAGAGAUGCCGUUUGCGCAAGCGUAAACAAACUGAAUACGAACUACAUCCUCUAGAGUUUCCACCGUCCACCACUUGCCGUAGUUUCCGUUUUCCGUUAUUCCGUUUUCACUCUUCCUGCGGCUUGCACUGGCUUGCACUGUGCGGCACCAGUGAAGUGCAGUGAAGUAUCGUAAUCGUGGCACGUGGUUUACGUAUUCGCGCAUUUGUAUUUAUAUUAUACCAGUUAUAAUCACAGAAAAUAGUCAAUGAGAAUGGAAGCUGAGUGGAAUCAGCUUUUUUUGGAACGACCACCGUGCACAACGUGGCAGAUCACACCGCUAAAUGCGAAAAAAAGGGGUAUUAAAAGUUUUCCUACCGCCUGACGAUGCCGCAUAGACGUGUCCCAAUUCAAAAUUGCAGUGAAUAAAGCGAUUGAAUUUCUGAGCUCAAAUCUAAUGUAUGAGUUCACGAAAGAAUAUAAUAUCUUAAGGCGGCAGACUUAUCGAGGAGCAUGGAAAUUUCGGAAUGAGCCAGGCUUCAAAGCAAUAUUAAAAUUGAGAAAGGCCUUGGAAAAUGUUCGUAGUAUGUUCCUAGAGAACGACUAUGAGACUUUGAAGGCUGACUUUCGCGUAAUGAAGAAUGGGAUGUAUACUUUACCGAGUAGAGAAAGGCUGGAGUACGUGCUCAUGAGAACGGAUGGUUUUAACAAACUGUUGACAAGAAUAAAAGAUGUUGCAACCCAAGCUGCACAUUUCUGGAAAUGUAGAAUGGCCACAGGCCACUUUUGGAGCGUUGCUGCAGUGAAUUUGGCGAUUACGAGCAGAUUGCGAAUACUCGCAGAAAAAAUGAGUAAGGAGUGUUUGGAUUGGUACGACAAACUGUCUCAAUGCAAAGAAAAGUUUGAAUAUGUUGGUGCUCAGAACAGACUUUCAAUGAAUCCAGAACUACAAAAACCGCUCGAUGAAAAGCGUUUAUGUUUUAACCAUCCUGAUAUUGAACAACUAACCAGGGAACCCUCAAGAUUGACAGAAAAUGUCUCGACUAGUGCGUUAGAAGAUUUUAUACCAAAUAAUAAUAUAGAUGAUAUUGGAGAAGUGGUGGAUCGAGAGGCUUUUGAAGAAAGCCUUCCAUCAGUUUCUAGCAUGAGUAAUGAAGUAGCAAAAUGUAAACGUAUGGACGCUACUAACUACACAGCCUGGAGAAACGCUAAGAAGCGAAGAAAAGAAUAAGUAUAAUAGAUAUUAGGAAUAAAAUUGUAAUCAUGAAAUCGCAAUAUCAGUAUUAAAUAAUAUUAAUUAAAAUACAAAGGGACCAAAACAAUAGAUUUAACUCUCUAGCGAGUGUUGCAUAUUUUCAACGUACACUUCAUCAGUGCUGCAUCAGAAGAUAAUUUUAUAUCAGAUAAAAAUAACAAUAUAAAUAAUAUUGGAGGUAUGAUGAAAACAAUUAUAAAAUAUUGAUAUGUUGGAAUAAAAUCAAUAAAAAAACUUUAACAAUAAGAUAUAACUAACAAUAAGAAUAAAUAGAGCAAUAGAACGAUGUGACCCCUAGAGAGUUAAUAUUAGCAUAUUUGUAAAACUGCUAGGCUAAUUAUAAUAGAGCAGUUUAAUUAUGUCAAAAAUUUUAUACAGUCAUAUUUAGUUUCAAUAGAUCUUGCCUAGCAUAAAACUGUUAUAGUAAAUUACAUGAUGUAGGUAUAGAAAUUGUAAUAUAGACUCAAACUGUGAUAUUUAAUAUAUCUAAUAUCUGUGAUAUAUAAUAUACCAAAAAAAUGUAAAAAUCAACCAAUAUAUUAUAUAUUUUUUCAAUAAAGAUAUUGGCGAUUUCAUAUAUCCGUAUAUGUAUGUAUGCACAUUAUCACUUAAUUCUUAUACCAAAACUAACUAAUCAAGAAUGCGCUUUUGGAAUAACGUCAUUAUAAAAAUUAGGCGAAAGAGAAAGCUUCUCGUACUGUACAAAGAAUCACAUCCGGAGUAUCUGCUGCUGGGUAAUAUCUUUAAUUUUGAUUACAAGCUUUGUUAAGCGUAUCAAA